AAGAGAAAUAUUUCCUAACAAAUUGAGUUGUUGUUGGACAUAUUUCGCCGCUUCCUCCUUCUUUCGCCUGGAACGUUCCGUCGAAUCUUGUAAAUAGAGGUAAGAUUUUGUACCGAGCAGAACUAUUAACAUAGCGUGAGGACAUAAUUUUAAUUUCGCUCCACUGAAAUCCUGCCAGCAAUUUGAAGGCCUUCGUUACUUUACAGGUUUUCAUUGAAGACGCCUAGAUUGAGCUUUAAAUUGAAUGCCAUUUCCCCUCUGUCAUCAAUUGAUUUUCUGUUAAUCACGAAUCAAAUUUCGUGUCAUUACCAUGUGUUUGAUUCGAUCGUGGUUUUGUCGAAAUACUUUCAGUAUUUCCUUUCAAUUUAGAUGGAGAUUAUCGAAAUGCAUUAAAGGAUCUCGAUAAUAUUUGUAUAACAUAAUUUACUCGCUUGUUAUGAAAAAAUCAAGCCUGAAAAUUUCACAAAACGGUCCACUGUGAUGCAGAAGUAACAAAAAUACACAAGCAGGAACAGAACAGGUACAUUUCACGUGCCGCCAUUGACUUGGUAUACGUGCGUGAAUGUCUGAAUAUAUUAUUCUGGUAUGAAAGAUGUUUCGGCUCUUAUGGGGUUAACCUCGAGUUAUCUGAGAGACGCCAGUGAUUCUUAUCACAAUUUAGCAUUUAACAUCAGCGUUGAAAUAUUCUUCAACGAAUAUCUGGGAAGUUUCAUGUUCAAGGGCUCGCGAUAUUGUCCCUUGUGGUAGGAUCUUGCUUAUCUUAUGUGCAAGCUAUAAUUUACGUAGACGAAAUUUUGACAUGACAGCAAGGUCUAAUACAUGCUCAUUUUUCAUCGUUUUUGGAGGCCGUUAUUUUUUUAGAUAAAGGAAUUUUGGCGUGAGUUUUUGUCGUUUCGGUGUAAGGUCACGUAAUUUUAGAACUUCUGUUGAGCCGUGUAUAAUCGGCUUUGUAGACAUAGUUCAGUUUUAAGACUUGUCAAACUUUUUGUCGCGUGAUGUACAAAAGCAAGCCGACUCGAUGUCUAUCUAAUUUGCAUGUCAAAAAAUAUUUACACUUAAAAUUGAAGUUCUUUUUGAAAUUUACAUCUGCCUUGAAAUUGAUUACUUCUUGUAAGACCACAUACGUUCAGGCGUGAAUUAUCCACGUGUUGUGUUGGGGCAGAUGUUAAAAUUAACACUGAAAGAUUUGUGGAUAAGCAAUUGAAGACCACCACAGUUGUAAAGAUUUUAACUAUAGUACUUGUGGCUUCAAGACAUUACCACUACCUGUCCAAAUAUUUUCUUUCCUCAAACAUGUAAUUUCCUCUAAGAUGCAAUUAAGAUUCUUCUUUUGGAAUGUUUGUACUGUAACUAAGCAAAUUUUAUGCCAAGGAGGCGUUAUUCUACCAUCAGUUUUGUAACGAAGUUUUAAAUGUGAUGAGAAAAGGUUGCUAUGAAAAGGUGAAAGUGGACUAGGGAAAUCUACACUUCUCAACUCGCUGUUUCUAACUGAUAUUUACACACCAGCUGCCUACCCCAGCGUGGAGGAGCGACUCAAGAAAACUGUUGCAAUCAAACCUUCCACAAUUGAGAUGAAAGAGGGAGGUGUGAGGUUAAGACUGACUAUUGUUGACACUCCUGGGUUUGGAGAUGCUGUAGACAACACUGACUGCUGGAAACCUAUUAUCGAGUACAUUGACAGCAAAUUUGAAGAGUAUUUAAAUGCAGAAUCAAGAGUGUUCAGAACACCAUUUCCAGAUGACCGAGUACAUUGUUGCUUGUAUUUCAUUGCUCCAACAGGGCACUGUCUAAAGCCUUUGGAUAUAGAAUUUAUGAAAAGACUUCACAACAAGGUUAAUAUUGUGCCGGUGAUAGCAAAAGCUGAUACCUUAACACACGAUGAAUGCACCAAAUUUAAAAAGCAGAUAUUGAAAGAAAUAGAAGAAAAUGACAUCGGAAUUUACAAAUUUCCUGACCUCGGGGGAGAUGACGAUGAAGACGUAGCUGCUGUUAGUAUGAAGGACAGAAUACCAUUCGCUGUGGUUGGUAGCAACACAGUGCUAGAAGUCAAUGGCAAAAGAGUGAGAGCCAGAGUCUACCCUUGGGGUGUGGCAGAAGUUGAAAAUGUAGACCAUUGUGAUUUCGUUGCUUUAAGAAAUAUGCUGAUUAGAACACAUAUGCAGGACCUUAAGGAUAUGACGAAUGACAAUCACUAUGAAAAUUAUCGCUGUGAGAAGCUGGCAGCCAUGACAGUAGGCUCACCUACAAAUCAGCCAAGUUCAAACAUUUCACUAAGCAGAAGUCCCCUUGAGCAACUGGAAGCUGAGAAGGAGGAGCGAGAACAGAAGCUAAAGAAAAUGGAGCAAGAGAUGGAGCAAGUAUUUGAGAUGAAAGUCAAGGAGAAGAAAAAGAAGCUCAAAGAUUCAGAAGCAGAGCUUGCCAAGAAAAACGAACAAAUGUGGAAACAGCUCGACCAACAGAACAAGGAACUGGAGGAGAAAAGAAAACAGUUUGAGAGGGAGAAGGCGCAAUAUGAAGAGGACCAGAAAAGCAAUGACAAGAAGGGUCUUGAAAGAUCAGAUUCGUCCAGCAAGUCACUCAAGUCCGUAGACGGUUUAGUGAAAGAAAAAGACAAAGACAAAGAGUCCAAGAAGAAAGACAAGAAAAAGGGUUUCUUUUAAAUGGCAUUUUAACUUUUAGAGGAAACUGCUUCGUUAUAGGAUAUUAAAUUACAAUGGAUCCUGUCGUGACAGAGAAUAGGCGUGACCUUAGGAAACAUUAGGAAUACAACGAUGCAUUGGAGUAGACAGUGUGUGACACGACUUGCCAAGAGUAUGCUGCAGUGACAUUUUAAAAGAUUGUUUUGGGGAAAGUGUGAUUUGGAAAUCUGCUAUCCACAAAGAAUCAUAACUCUUAUAUAAUUAUCUCGUUUUAAUAAAUGUGUUUUGUUUUUCGUUCUACCAAGCGCACUUUGCUUGGAGAUUAUUUAUGCCAUUUUUAAAAAGAUAUCGUAUCUAACUAUUAAUAACUUAACUUAGAAUAGACCUCCAACAUCCAUUGUCCAAAGGAACUCCAAUUUGUUAAAAAGGAAUUGUUUUGUUUUUAGCCAUUGAUUGUUUUUCAUGGCUUCUUCUUGAAAGUAGCCAGCUCUUUUGCGUUAGUGUAAUAACGUGACCCGUGGCUUUAUACAAGGAUGAAACCAGAGGGACAUAGUUCAACUUUAAGAUAAAUGUCUUGAGUUAGAAGCGGUAAUGAAGGCUAAAUCUGGAGUUCUAUUUAGACAAAGAACGUUUGCUAUAAAACCUCUCCUGUAUCUCAAGAUAGUUUUCACAGGCCGUCAGGACCGCCAAAAAUUUCUUUUCUCUAGAAAAUAAAUUCUUUUCUCAUUCAAAAAUUUCUUGUUGAUUAGAACAGCAAUAAGACUCCAUCGCUUAUAAUUUAAACCUCUUUUAGUUCCAGUAUCAGUAUCAAAAUUCGUUAAACUAUUUAAGAAUCAAUCUAGUCAUACCUACAACUACAAUACAGUUAAACCCCUUAAAAACAGACACCGUUGGUCCUAGAAAGUUUCGCGUUGAUGUGGUAUUCGUGUGACGCAGGUUAAGUUAUGAGAACUUGGGACAAAAACCACUGUCAUUUCCAAGUCUGUAAAGUGGGUUGGACCGUGUUGCUUCCAUCGUUACAACUGAUAUAUCAAAGGAACAAAUUUUUAUGUAGGAAAAUAAUAUGUAUUUGUUUUGUAAUUAUAUGACCUAAAUCGAGUUUAGUUUUACCAAAACUAUGGGCAGAUCAGUGAAAAUGGCAGUCAGUUGUUACGCUGUCAGUUACCACAGAGAAGUUAUGUAUAAUUGCUGAAUUGAAAAGUGCCCGUGUUAAUUUUACUGUAUAAAAUAAAGAUUAUCAACCCAA